AUGGGCAAUCUCGCAGACUCGGGAUAUUACAUCUGGAUCAACGGUUUCCCUGGCGUGGGUAAACUCACAGUCGCCAUUGAGCUGCAAAAACGGCUCAAGGGAUCUCUACUCCUCGACAACCACACCCUCAUUGACGUGGUGAAGCUGCCACGGGAUCAUCCCGAAUACGCCUCAGAGAGGAAACUAGCCCGCCAAAGGGCAUUUUCACAAUACGUGUACUCGGACGGGAAGAAUGCCGGCAAAUUGAAGCAGGUCAUCAUUGCGACAGAUGCAUUGAGUGACUGCGACUUUGACAGGGCGGUAGCAAUGGAACACAAGGACGCUGCGUUAAGGGGGAAACGACCUUUCUUCCCUGUGUAUUUGCGCUGUUCAAAGGAAGAAAACUUGAGACGGGUAGUUGAUCCGCAAAGGAUACAGAAUGGAAAGAAGAAACUUGUGGAUGCAGGUUUUGUGGAGGAGUAUUUUGAAACGUUGGAGAUUUUGAGGUGGGAAGGGGAAGGGGUGGAGGUUGAUAAUACGGAUUUGACGCCGGUAGAGGCUGCGGAGCGGAUAAUCACUGCGGUUGAAGAGCAUGCGCGAUUGUAG